AUGCUUGCAGCUGAGUUGCCUGUAGCAUUCACUACGCGAAGCAACUGGAGGGGUUCCUUUCCAAGGGAGAUCCUUUGUACAUUCUGUCGUCAGCAUCGUUUAUCUGAACCUGUCUUCGAUACUCUAAGUGAUACCAUGGAAUCUUCGCCAGACUUACCUGGAUCAUGGAAGAAGUUGAAGGUUACAGAGUCUGGUAAAGAAGAAGUUAAUGGAGGCAGUUUUGUCGUUGGUAGUAAGGAACCCAUGGGAUCUGGAGGAACCUUCAGAUGCGAGGUGAAAAUAUUCUCGAAGUCUCAGGAUCUGAUUAUACAGUGUUCACCCAAAGGAUCUUAUAAGAAACAGAGUGAUGCCAUCCAGAAUGCAGCUUUGAAAAUUCUGUCAUGGUUGAGCACAUAUUUUAAUAAUCCAAGUAUGUCUUCAGAGAAGUUGGCCUCAAUUGGGAGUGAACUUGAAAUCCAGUUUUAUCCCCUCUUUAAAGAGUUUGUGUUGUGCCCUUCUGUACAUAAUAAUUGGAAAAGCAUUGGGACUCAAGCAUACAGAUUAUUAAAUUAUAACUGCAUUAAUGAACCAAAUGCUACGCUGGAAGAUAGCGUGUCGUCUAUUAGCAUAGAAGGUCCAGGGUCUGAAGUCACUCCAUCAAGUGGGUCUUUGGCAUGUAUAAGUUAUAGCAUCUCUUUGGUGGCAAAAGACAAAGAUAUUAGAGAGCGUCUUGAAGGUAGUGAAGAGUUUGAGUUUGAGAUAGGGACUGGAGCUGUGAUUCCGUGCCUUGAAUUGGUUGUCACACAGAUGUGCAUGGGUCAGUCUGCUCAUUUUAAAAUGGAUUUGCCUCCUCAAGAGUUAAUUUUGGCUGUUGCUGGUGAUUCUGCAAGAACUUUUUCAUUACUGUCUUCAGGAUGCUGUAUCUUGGAUUACACUAUAUCUUUGUUGAGGGUGACGGAACCCUUGGAGGACAGAAUGGAGCAGGCUCUAUUUAGCCCCCCUCUAUCAAAGCAGCGCGUUGAAUAUGCAUUACAACACAUUAAAGCAUCUUGCGCUGCCUCUUUGGUAGAUUUUGGAUGUGGCUCUGGAAGUUUGUUGGACUCUUUGUUAGAAUAUCCAACUUCUCUGGAGAAAAUUGUUGGUGUUGAUAUUUCAACGAAAAGUCUUGCACGUGCAGCAAAGACACUCCAUUCAAAACUAAGCACAAGUUCAGAUGUUGGAUCCCCAAGCAAAGGAAUCAAAUCUGCAUUGCUUUACGAGGGUUCCAUCACAAAUUUUGACUCCAGAUUGUAUGGAUUUGACAUUGGAACCUGUUUGGAGGUUAUUGAACAUAUGGAGGAAGAUGAAGCCUGUUUAUUUGGUGAUGUUGUGUUGACUUCUUUUUGCCCGAGGAUUCUUGUUGUAUCCACCCCAAAUUACGAGUAUAAUGUCAUACUCCAGAAAUCUGCUCUGCAAAGCCAAGAGGAGGAUCCAGACGAGAAAAACCAAUCGCAAUCUUGUAAAUUCCGCAAUCAUGACCACAAAUUCGAGUGGACUCGGGAGCAAUUUGGCUGCUGGGCAUCUGACUUAGCUACAAGGCACAACUAUACUGUUGAAUUCAGCGGAGUCGGUGGAGUUGUUGAUGUGGAACCCGGGUUUGCCUCACAGAUUGCUGUUUUUAGGAGGGUUGAUACAACUCUGAAGAAUGCAGAUUCAACCCAUAAUUACGAAGUUUUAUGGGAGUGGAGUCAAUCUAACAUGUAA